AUGAAUAUGGGUGAAAAACAAUCUUACUAUUUCAAAGGGACUAUACCACCUUUCACACCGGUUUAUAAGUUAAAUGUAACUCCACAUCACCCUGACCUGGAGAAGAGAUUUACAUACUUGAGAGCAGAAUAUAUUAACCCUGUAUCAGCAGUAUCAGUUAACUUUGAUCCGCAUACGAUGAUAAUGACGUUUUAUAUAAAAUUCCCUUUUCUCAACAUGCCAUUGGGAGUCGGCGGCUAUUCUAUGCCUCUCAGUUCAGCAUCGCGUAGAAGAAGACAACGUAAAGAUUGA